UUUUUACCAGUCGUCGACAAGAGCUCGGAAAUCGGUCUGCCCUGCGCAGCCUUAUUAGCUUGUCACUGCGAUCUAAACCGAAUUGGUCAAAAUUAACGACGAAGGAACUCUCUCCGCUCUCCGUGUGCUUGUGAAACAGUAGACGAGUGAUGGCUCUGUCACGCCUUCGACAUCCGGUGAUCACGCGGGCUCCUAGUCUCUUCAGAGCUCGUUUUCUCUCCUCCAGAUCCCACUCUCGUGCAUCAACCGAGCAAAAUUCUUUCCUGGAUGGAAAUCGCACAUUGUUAAGGCCUUCUUCCUUAUCCAUGCUCGCUGGUGAUGUUGAUAGUUCAAUGAAGCUCAAGUUGCGAAUUGGUGUGCGUAAUUUCUCGUCUGCAGCAGAAGUUCCGCUCCAUACAGUUCUUGGAAUGCCAGCUUUGUCUCCUACAAUGAGCCACGGAAACAUCUCAAAGUGGAAGAAGAAAGAAGGUGAUAAGAUACAAGUCGGUGAUGUGCUAUGCGAAAUAGAAACCGACAAAGCAACAGUUGAGUUUGAAAGUCUUGAAGAGGGCUUUUUGGCUAAGAUACUGGUACCAGAAGGUUCAAAGGAUGUACCUGUUGGACAACCAAUUGCUAUAACGGUUGAGGAUCUUGAUGAUAUCAAAAGUAUCCCUGCACCCGUUGGUAGUGGGUCAGAAGUUAAAGAGGAAAAGUGCACUCCCCAAAAUGCCCAAAAUGGAGAUGGGGUACAGGAAAGGAGUUCUGUUAAGAUUGAUAUAUCACAACUUCCUCCUCAUGUGGUUGUUGGGAUGCCAGCGUUAUCUCCUACAAUGAACCAAGGUAAUAUAGCCAAGUGGAGGAAAAAUGAAGGAGACAAGAUAGAGGUGGGUGAUAUAAUAUGUGAGAUAGAGACAGACAAGGCUACCCUUGAAUUUGAGAGUCUUGAAGAGGGUUACUUGGCCAAGAUCGUAGCUCCUGAAGGUUCAAAGGAUGUUGCUGUGGGACAACCUAUCGCAGUAACAGUUGAAGAUCUAGAUGAUGUUAAAACAGUGAGAAGUUUUUUCAGUAGUUCGGGGGGCAAAGAAGAAAAACAAACCCAUCAUGACUCUAAAAGUGAAGCUACAGUGCAAAAAACCAAUUUUACAAAGAUCAGUCCAUCUGCUAAGUUGCUUAUUUUGGAACAUGGGCUGGAUUCCUCAUCACUGAAUGCUACAGGUCCUUAUGGUACAUUGCUAAAAGCAGAUGUUUUGAAUGCAAUUAAGUCAGGGAAAGGAUCUUCGAGAAAGACUUCAUCUCAGGAAAAGAAAACUCCAUCACCUCCUCCGACCACAAAAGCACCACAGUCUAGGUCUAACCUGCUGCAGUCAGAUGCUUUUGAUGAUCUGCCGAAUACUCAAAUUCGCAAGGUGAUAGCAAGAAGGUUACUGGAAUCAAAGCAGAUUACACCACAUUUAUAUUUGUCUACAGAUGUCACUCUCGAUCCACUUCUUUCUUUUAGAAAGGAGCUUAAAGAGAAGCAUGAUAUUAGAGUUUCAGUAAAUGAUAUCGUCAUCAAGGCUGUUGCAGUUGCUUUGAAAAAUGUACCUGAAGCUAAUGCCUUUUGGAGUGGAGAAAAAGGGGAAAUUAUUCUAUGUGAUUCUGUUGACAUAUCAAUUGCAGUGGCUACUGAGAAGGGCCUGAUGACUCCAAUAGUGAAAAAUGCAGAUCAGAAAUCCAUUUCAUCGAUCUCCUUGGAGGUCAAGGAAUUAGCUGAAAAAGCAAGGUCAGGGAAGCUUGCGCCUCAUGAGUUUCAAGGGGGAACUUUCAGCAUUUCAAACCUGGGAAUGUUUCCAGUGGACCAUUUUUUUGCAAUUAUAAACCCCCCUCAGGCUGGAAUCCUUUCUGUUGGCAGAGGGAAUAAAGUUGUUGAACCAGUGAUUGGAAGUGAUGGCAUUGAGAGGCCAGCAGUUUUCAACAAAAUGAACUUAGGCUUAUCUGCUGAUCAUCGCGUGUUUGAUGGCAAAGUUGGAGGUGAAUUUUUAUCGGCCUUGCGAUCUAACUUCAGCGAUAUUCGGAGGCUUCUUCUGUAACAAUUUUAGAAGUUCCUUCAAAUCAACAACAGCUGGGUUCCCACAGAUGCUAGCCAGGGCGGAGGACGUCUUAGUAAUUUAUAAAUUUUCUAAGCAGAGAGCUAACUUGUUGCAGGGAUAUUUGUUGUGGCAUCUGAAUUUCCCAGGUUUCUUGUGAAUUCUUUGGACUCAAAGUUGUUCCCGGUGUUUCUAUUUUCAAAUGAGAACCAAAUGAUUCAGAGGCUAAUUGAUGUAAGAUUUUGUGUGUUUUGGAAGAGAUUACUGGAGUAAUGUGGCCAGUUUUUCUUUCCCAUUUGGCGAUUCGGCCUCAAAUGUUUUUGAGGCAUUUUUGCGCAUACAUAAAAUAUGUGCCAUAUUUGUUUCUCCGUAGAAAGAAUAAUGUGUACAACAUGUACUAGAUUUUCCAUUGUUGAAUAAAUAAAUUGUGGCUUUCUGUGAA